AUGGCUCCCAUCACCCAGGACACCGUCGACGGUCUCAAGGACGUCAUCUCCAAGCUGGAGUCGCGCGUCGCCGACCUGGAAAGCCGCCUGACACAUGGCAGCCCUGCCUCCGGCUCGAAGUCGCUCGCCGAGCAGUUUCGCAUCAUCCUGAUCGGUCCUCCGGGUGCAGGCAAGGGAACCCAGGCUCCUCGGCUGAAGGAGAAGUACUGUGUGUGCCAUUUGGCCACCGGUGAUAUGCUGCGAUCCCAGGUUGCGAAGAAGACGGCGUUGGGCAAGGAAGCGAAGAAAAUCAUGGAUCAAGGAGGCCUGGUCAGCGACGAAAUCAUGGUCAACAUGAUCAAGAGCGAGCUUGACUCGAACCAAGAGUGCAAGAAUGGUUUCAUUCUUGACGGUUUCCCCCGUACCGUGGCUCAAGCCGAGCGUCUGGACGAUAUGCUGAACAACCGCCAAGAGAAGCUCCAACACGCCGUUGAAUUGCAAAUCGACGACGCUCUGCUCGUUGCCCGUAUAACCGGUCGAUUGGUCCACCCUGCUUCCGGCCGCUCAUAUCACAAGAUUUUCAACCCCCCCAAGGAUGACUUGAAGGACGACGUGACCGGCGAGCCCUUGAUCCAACGCUCCGACGACAAUGCCGAGACACUGCAGAAGCGACUGGCCACGUACCACGCCCAGACCUCUCCUGUGGUCGACUACUACAAGAAGACGGGCAUUUGGCGCGGCAUUGACGCCAGCCAGGAGCCAGGACAGGUGUGGAAGAGUCUUCUUGGUGUUUUCCAGCCGGAAUCCAGCAUUUUGAGCAAGGUUGGUCUGUCUAAAUAA